UUGAAUUUUUUUUCUCUGAUUUAGUUUCGAUAAACAUUCACAAUAAUGUUGAACAAAAUUUUACUCGCUCUGGGAGUUUUGGUCACUAUCUCAGCUUUGGGUAAGAAAUUUUUGAAUUAUUUUUCUGGAGGAUUAAUGACCAAGACGUACGCGAGGUCCUAUUUAUAUACAAACGAAAGAAGAAAAGACUAAUAUCCUACAUGUCCGGACCAGCUGCUGGUCCAGAUGUGAGUGGUCCAAACCGAACAAGAACAUUCUUUGAAAAACAAUGUUUUUCAUUAUGUGAAGAAUUAGGUUGUUUACAACCCCACUUGAACAUUUAAAAACACGGGAUUUUAAAUUUUUGUACACAAUUGAUAACAACAGAUUUUCGGAAGCAAAAGUCGAAAACAGAACAGUUUAAAAACUUUUAAAGUGCGGCAAAUAUAUUAAGUAUCAUUCUACAGCAUUUUAAGUGCAGUUCUAAAAAGUGUUUUUAUACAUGUAAACAACGUUUUAACACAAACUGAAUUAGUAGAAUAGUAAGUUAUUUUAUACAAAAACCUUGCGAAGGUUACAUAUUCAUAAUAUAGGUUUUUUCGACGGGGAAAGGGUAAUUCAAGUUUUUCUUCGCUAGCGACAAUCUUAGCUGGUCCGUACUGCAAUUAAGUUGCAGACCGCUCAGGAACCAAUCAAAAUGUCGUAUUUUGCAGAUCAACCACCUUGCCAUAUAAUGAAACGAGUUUUAUGUAAUAGCUAAAUAUUUUUUCUAUUUUUUUUUGUGCAGUGGCCAUGUUUCUCUGUUGAUAUGUUCCUAAUCCUGACCUUUAAACAACAAGAUAUGAAUUAAUAAUUUCUUGUCGCUUUAGGGAGUACUCUUACAUGCAAUAAGUGUUUCGCUAGCUCAGCAAAAUCGAAACCAAGUUGCCACUCGAGUACUACAGUCCAGUGUAGCACAGGGUUUUGUUACACAGCAACCUACACCCAGAGUGAUGGCACAGUAGUGCUUGACAGAGACUGUAACAAACCUUCGGACCCCUAUUGCCCCGACGCAGCAAAAACAUGCAGAGAGAAGACCAAGUCAGCGAGCCUGAAAUCCUGCCGUGGUGUAUGUUGUAACACAGAUAAUUGCAACGAUUUCACCCCCGGUAACAGUGCAAGUGGUGUCAUGAUGACCAAGUUCAUUCUCUGUUUCAUGGUGAUUGCUGGAUUUCUUUUCGCUUAAUUGAUGCACUUUGGAUUUUGUAUACGACUGCGAAUGAGGUCUAGUCUUUUAAUAGUUUCAGCUUAACUAAAUUGUUGUAAUUUGAUUAGCUUACUGCUUAUAAUGAUGGUAUAAUAAAGUGAUUGAUUGAGUUUUUGCAUUUGGUUUACGCCAUAGACGUAGCCGCGGGGGAAACUGGGGGGCGGACCCCAAUACACUCUGUUCUUCAGGACCAAUUUUGUAAUUCUUUCAAAACAUAGGAGAAACUGGGGGAGGGGCGUAACUUCUUAAAUGUAUUCAUUUAUUGACAUAAAAUAUACCAAAUCUGGGACUUUCAAAUUAGCAUGAAACGUGUCUAACAUACAUGAAAUAUAGCGUUUCGCAUACUAGGUAUGUAUAUGCAGUGGCGUAGCCAAGGGGUG